AUGUCGUCCCGGAGUCCAUUUCCGACCAAGUUUGAGGACCUCUCGAAGAAAAAACAAAACCGCAAGCUCAACAAGAUUGACGUGAUCGAGAUGAACUGGGGCAGACCGCUCAACGAAAAUGCCACAAGGACGCUCCUCUCGAACACAACACAGAACAAUGGAGUCCCCGCCUCCUUCACUACCUGGAAAAAAUCUCAUCCGAGACUGAAGAUGACCUUCGCGGCGCCCAACGACUGCUUCUUCGAGCUGUACGUCGCCGCCAAAGCGGCCGCACCCGUCUUUCCACCAGUGUGA